AUGAAAGAGAACAAGUUAGCUUGUGAGACAAUAAGACACAUUCGUGAUGGUGUUACCAUGUUUUUACCUAUGAAUUUUUAUGGUGUCAAAGGUAAUUUUGUCGUUGAUACAGGUGCAGCAGUGACACUCAUGUCUGUUGGAUUUUACUAUAGUAUUCCCAUGGAAUUUAGACCGGAACUUAAUAAGUCAGAUCCUAGGCUAAAACUAGAAGUAGCCAAUGAUGGUCUCCUAUCUGUAGAGGGGAUAGCUACUUUCAAAUUCAUAUUGAAAAACACCAAAUUCGAGUGGGACAUGUAUGUUACAGACAUUCGAGAGGAUGGGCUUCUAGGACUAGAUUUCUUAUAUAAUAAUCAAUAUAUGUGUGGAACUGAUACUGGUCUACGGUUAAAUGGAAAGAAAUAUGAAACUUUCAUUCACCGAGCUCCCUUUGGUGUGUCAAGGGUUUCAUGUGUUACAGAGACUAUUAUACCAGCAAACUGUGAGCGUGUUCUUUAUGGACAGGUAGAUUCUAGUCUAACAUUUUUGAAACCGUGUGUUGUGGGACCAUUACUAAAAGAUAAUGAUGGUUUACUUAUAGGGCAUGCCCUUGUGACCCCUGGGGAUAAUAUUCCUAUCCCGGUGAUGAAUUUAUCGGAUGAGGAUAUUAUCAUACAUUCCGGACAGUCAAUAGCUAGUGUUCAGGAAAUUGUUGACUUUAGACCGUUAGACCCUUGCGACAAUGCUCAGUUCAAUAGACAGGUGAACAAUGUGUCCAGUACAGAGACCUGGCCAGAAGGUGUACAAAAGUUAUGUGACGAAUCUAGUGUGACCUUGACAGCAGACCACAUACUGAAACUUAAGAGACUGUUAAAGAAUCAUGUGUCUGUAUUCGCCAGUUCAUCUGAGGACUUGGGAUUUACUAAUGUAGUGGAACACAAAAUUGACACUGGUACAGCUGCCCCUGUGAAACAAGCCCCUCGGCGACCUCCUAUGGCCUUUGCUAAAGACGAGGAGAUAAUCUUAGAGAAGCAAUUAAAACAGGGUUUAUUAAGGAAUCCAAAUCCCCCUGGGCCAGCCCUAUGGUUUAUGUCCGAAAGUCUGAUGGUACCACUCGUCCUUGUGUAG